AGUUCGUUCGUGACAAACCGAUAAAAUGUUGAAAUCAAUUUGGAUUCUAUCAGUUUUCCAUCUAUGUAGUGCUACAAAUACUCCAGUUAUUGGAAUAUUAGCACAACCCACCACUGAAUACGGGUUUGAUACAUUCAUAGCAGCUUCUUACGUUAAAUUUGUGGAAUUGGCAGGAGCCACAGUUAUACCAGUUUGGACUAAUCAAUCAACAGACUAUUAUGAAAGAGUGAUUAACUAUACAAAUGGAUUACUCUUUCCGGGAGGUGAUGCGUCUUUCGUUGAACCUGGAGGUUAUGGAGAUACAUCGAGAAAAUUAUACCAACUAGCCAAAAAAUCCAAUGACAACGGAAAUUUUUAUCCCAUAUGGGCUACUUGUUUAGGAUUUGAAGUAAUUCCUUAUGCGGAAAUAGGACAAGAUCUUAGAGUCAACUGCUCAGUUGAAGUUAGAGGAUGGCCGUUGGAAAUGACUAAAGAUUUUAAAAACAGCAGUCUUUUUGAAAACAUACCGGAAAGAAUAUACCAAAUACUAACUACUCAAAAUGUCACCUUCAAUUUCCAUAGUUUUUGUUUGACAGAAGAAGUAUUAAAAACAUAUGGUCUGCUUUCAGAGUGGCAUAUUUUAUCAACUAACACUGACGAAAAGGGUCUAAAGUACAUUUCCACGAUGGAAAACAGGAAAUAUCCAAUAUACGGUGUUCAGUAUCAUCCGGAAAAACACGGAUUCGAAUUCGCACCACAUUAUAACUUUCCACAUACUGCAGAUAGCAUAGCAAUGAUGCAAUAUUUUGGUAAUUUUUUCGUAAACGAGGCACGAAAAAAUAACAAUACAUUUGCUAGUGAUAAAAUGAAGCUCAAUUCUAUGAUUUAUAAUUAUUGUACCAAAUUUUCUGGUUUGGAUGAUAAUUAUUACUUUUUAAUGUACGGAUUUUAUCCGAAUGAUUAUAUAAAUAAUCAAUUAGAAUAAAUAUAUUGAGUAAUUUUCAACUAAAAUAUAUUAGGUGGUAAAUAUAAAUAAUAUAUACACAAGGUGUAGGAAGUUUAUUCUAGCAUUAAUACCAGGAACAGCGGUUGAUAUAGCUUCUAAAUGGUUUUUAAAUGAAUUAAUUAGACAUGAUCAGACAUUUGAUAAAUAAAAAAAAUGAUUAAUAAUCACUACACGUACUCUAUUAUAGACAGACACGCUACAAAGGAACAAGUAUAAAGUGUUCAGUGAAGCCUCGAAAACAAGAAAAUCACAUAUCAAAUAACCAUGCUACGCUCGGUAAUUAAAUAUCAACAUUAGAAGAUUCAGCACUGCUUGAAAUAGGGUUAAAAAGUGAAACAUUAUAUGUCUAAAAAAGUUAUUCCAAUUUUAACAAGUCCAUCUAGCAGUCCAGAAUCGAUUGAAACCUUUUGGCAUAACAUGAGAGAAAAACUCUAAUCAAAACCCGCAGAAAUUCCUUGAAGAGAAUUUCUAUAAGACAGCGCUGGAUAGUAAUAUGCCAAGAUGAAUACAAGUUGUAAUUAAACACAGUGGUGAUUUGAUUUAAUCUAAUUUCGUUGAUUUUUAAAAAUAGAGAUUCCUCUUAUUCCUAAAAUAGAUCUUUUCUGUUAUAGACAUAUUACAUUAAAAUUGAUUGAAUCUAUAUAUGUUAUCAGAAUUCUUUUAAAAGCUUUCAUAGUUGAUCUAAGAUAUUAGUUGAUAUUAAGAUAGCGUACAGUGAAACCCUUAAAAUUUAAUCUAUUUUUACUAAAAUAGAAGAACAAACACCAAUCAAUAAAUUGCCCAGCAUAGUAUAUGGAAUACCUUGAUGAAAUUGUGACAAAAAGUACAAUGGUUAGUCGAAAAGGUCACUCAUCAAUCGGAUAACCUCCCACAAGAGUGAUAGCAGAUUGCGAGUAUAUCCUGAUAGAUGUUUAUUAGCGACUCAUUCAUAAAUUAACUAAUCAAUAUUGAACAUCAGUCACUACAAUCUAUCCUUAUCUAACCUAUAAAAAUUUAACGUCAUUCAUAAUCUAACCAAUUAAAAAUUAAAAAAAAUUCCUAUAGUAACCAGAAUCAAUAUUUCAAUCAAUCAAAAUUUCUUCCAUGCCUCAUUUUGAAUACAGAAUUUUUAAUCCCAUGAAUUUCAAAGUUUUGCAAGAAUUAAUCCAAUUCAAAGCCACCUCAAAUCUUAAUUAAUUAUUGUAAGUAAAUUUUAUUAUUGUUAUACAUUUAUACGUAUUUCUUAUAUUGUACAUGACCAUAUUUUCAGCCCCAGACUAUGAAUACAUAAGUAUUCGAAAGCUCGGAAUAUAUUAGAGUUAGUACAGUUUGGUGCUUAAUCUACUUUGGUGUUUAUUAGAAACACUAUUAUUUUAUUCCAGCAAAUAUUUAAUGUAAAAUAUUAUUGUUCACUUGAGCAAAACAUAGAAGUUAUCAAAAAUUAUAAUAAUCGUAUAAUGUCUCCUUAAUCUAUGUAUUAAUUUAACAAAUAUUGGCAGCUUCAGCAGCUUCUCUAAUUUCUGAUGGUGUUAAAGAAACAUCACUUCCAUUUUCUCUAUCCUUUUUAAUUAGUUUUUUUAACGUAAUUUGUCAAAAAAAUUAAAAUAAUUAGAAAUCUGAACAUACAAUAAUGUUGAUAGAUUUGAGUCAAAUAUUGUUUCGAAAAAUACUUCAAUUUAUAAAUUGUCUCAAAAAUCAUAGAACAUUAAGAAACACAUUUACGACGAACAGUUUUAAUGUCUCUGAUAGUUCAGUGUUAAUGUCCCAACCCUUCAAACUCUAGGUUCAGGGUUCGAAUCUGGUCUAGAAAAAUUUACAUACUAAUUUUUUUGUGUAACUAAAUUGAAAAUAUUUAGUAUUGUAUUUCAUGCUAAAAUUUUCAAAACUGAUUUUCUGUAUAAAAACUAUAAAGCUAAAUAAAGAAAGCAUCCAACAGCAGUGAUUUGAGAUUCAAUAAUUACUGCCGUGAUUGCAUGGCAGUAGUAAAAAGUUCAACAUUCCUAAUUUAAUCUCGGAAAAGCGAGGUUCGGUUAAUUAAAUCUUAGGAAGAAGUAGUAUGAAGUAUUAGCAACCCUUGACACAUUACGUGUUUAGGAGCUUUCAAUGAAAAAUCCAUAUGGCUUCCAAUAAUUUCUUUUCGCCUUGGUCUUUGAUUCUUUUUUUUUAUGUUUGCCAGAUUAAAAGAUAAAUUUUUGCCAUGAUUACAAAAAAAUCUAUAUCCGCUUCUACAUUUAACUAAAAUCGCUAUCCACUGAGCCAUUUUUUUGCCUGAUCAGAAAGUAGUUCGUUAUGAUUUGUUUGUAGGAGAAUCUUUAUGUGGAAUAUGGUUUGUUUCAUAAAUGGUCCUGAUGUAGAAGCGUUUUUCCUCUGUUGGCCUGGAAUUGGUAUAUUUUUUGUGUUGAAAGAUUUUGACGACGCGUUGUGUGUCCCCUAUCUAUAGCGCAUGGUGGUAGAUUUAGGAAUUAAACAAAAAACAAUACAGAAUGGCUCGACGGACCAAAGAAAUUUUAGAGUGUAUUCUCUAUGCGGAAUUGCGCAAAGGCGGGUACAGCUGUGGAUGUCGUUGGCCAUUUGGCUGUUCAAGUAAAUCACCAGGUUUCAAAAAAUUCACAGAAUACUUGUAACAAUAAUAGACAGGUGCAUAGUUAAGAUGGAAACGGUUUUCUUGAACAAAUGUGGUAAUUUUUUAUGAUUGUUAUCGUUCUCUCUGCCAAAGUGCAUUUUGUCAACUGGUAUCAAAUUGAAAUUUCGUUUGGUUUUUCAUUGCAAGUGUGCUUUCAAUCGGCAUUAAGAUACCCAUGUUGCAGAUAAAUUUUUCACAUAUAGUGUAAGACAUAGCGUACGGUAAUUUGUUUAAUGAAAGUUUUUUUUGAUGGUUUUCAUCUGUUCUUUCAUAGCCCUCGCAAUGUUAGGAAUGAUUUCUGAACGUUUUUCUCACAGCACAUCUCUAGAUUUUCGGAAAUCUAGUGAGUAACGCAGUAGUGGACCAACAAUAUUUAGAAGCCAAGAACUCGCUUAAUUGAAACGACUUUUAACACAUCGCGAUAUCACAUUGACAAAAGAAGUUGCUUAUUUCUAGUACCUCUUUAUAAAAUUUAUGAAUUUCAAAGAAAAUUAAUGUACAAAUAAAAGAAUUUGUUUUUUAA